CGGAAGAGAAGCCGGCGCGACCCUUCUAAAUGCGAAGCGAAUCAAUCAUGCCGACAGCUAAAAUUUCAGUCCUAACUCGGAGCUUCCAAACUUCCUGAUACCUACCCACCACAGCCACUGUACACUUACUUAAGUGCAUCAGCCUAUCUCUGUUGACUUUUCCUCGUCAUAUACUUUGUUCCUACCAAAAUCUAUAAGUUAAUUCCUCACAUAUCUCACAAUGUUCCGCCAGGCCAUUGCUACCUCAUCCCGCGCUUUGCGAGCUGCUCCCAAGGUCGCCGUCCCCCGACCUUUCAUUCAGUUGCAAUUCCAGGCUGCGCCCGGCUUCACUCUCAGAUCCGUUCAGCCUGCCGUGUCAAGAUGGUACAGUGACGCUAAGGAGACUGAGGCCAAGCCUGUUGAGGAGGCCAAAACGGAGGAGAAGCCCGCUGAAGGCGAGAAAGAGAGCGAUCCCCUCGCGGAGCUCAAGAAGGAGCUCGCAGCCAAGGAGAACGAGGUUAAGGACUGGAAGGAUAAGUGCAUGCGCACCGUCGCCGAUUUCCGCAACCUCCAAGAACGCACCACACGUGAGGUCAAGGCCGCCAAAGAUUUUGCCAUCCAAAAGUUCGCCAAGGAUCUCGUCGAUAGCGUCGACAACCUCGACCGCGCCCUUGGAAUGGUUCCCAAGGAUAAGCUCAACGCCCCAGACCGACCUGAGGGCCUUGAGGAUCUCGCCAACCUGUAUGAGGGUCUCAAGAUGACUGAAGAUAUCCUCAUGAACACCCUCAAGAAACACGGCCUCGAGCGACUUAACCCCGAGGGCGAGAAGUUCAACCCCAACGAGCAAGAGGCAACUUUCAUGACUCCCCAGCCCGAUAAGGAGGACGGCACUGUUUUCUUCGUUCAACAGAAGGGCUUCAAGCUUAACGGCCGGGUGCUGCGCGCCGCCAAGGUCGGUGUUGUCAAGAACAAAUAACCACGUCGCUCUUCCAUAAUGACGGAGAUAUGUGUUUUGAUGACAUCUCCAUACUCAAUCGCAUCUUGCGUGUAUUUUUAGACGAGGUUAUAUCGGUUGGCGUUGGCUCUAUGUAUAAUGCUCCCCUCAUGAUGGUCAUUUCAACUUGUAUGAUGGUUACAGAUGCUUGGAAAGGAGAAAAGUUUCAAAAGAGUUGGGACAUUUGUACAUAAAUAACAAGACGUACGUGUAUAACAGGAGGGCAACUGGGUGGUAUAGUCGACCUAAGAGGGUCUUUCCAGGUCAUGAUCCAUGAUUUCCAGAGUAGAAAUGAAUACCUAAGCUGGUAACUCAGCUAUGAUGAUGAAAUAUGUGAAGCAAACCUGUGCAAAAGGUGUUUACAAUAUGAUCAUAGAUAAGCCCAGAAAGACUGAGGCUUCUCAAUUGACUAUUAUUCUCAGCCGGUACCGUUGUGGCAAGGAUUUAUUUAUUAGAGUUCCAAAGUCGAC